AUGACCGAAACUGAAAUAGCCGCGGCAAAGGCUUUGUGGGCAAGGCUUGAUGAUAUUGUUCGUCAGUGGAUUUAUGGAACGGUGUCCAAUGGUCUCCUCAAUACGAUCAUUCACCAAGACGACACCGCUGCCGACGCUUGGAAUCGUCUCCAACAAAUAUUCCAAGACAACCAGUCGACAAGGGCACUAGCACUCGAUGCAAAAUUUACCACCACGAAGCUGGCUGACUUUCCAAACGUCAAAGCCUAUUGCCCUCGUCUCAAGGUUCUCUCGGACCUCCUCGCCAAUGUCGGACAACCUGUUACCGACGAAAGAAUGGUGCUCCGCACUCUUCGCGGACUAACCGACGAGUUCAAAACCUUUCGGACAAUCGUCCAACACCGUACGCCCCUCCCGACCUUCGACAAAUUAAGGUCCAUGCUCGACCUUGAAGAAGACAGUCACUCCGAUGACAUUGCCCAUGAACCAAGUUUGGAAAAUGCUUUAUUUGUCAAUAAUAAUAUUGCUAAUAAUCUGGUCAAUGAUGUUCAGCAGCCCAAUGAAAAUAAUAACAACAACAGAGGCGGCAACGGCAACCGCGGCAACAACCAGAACCAGCCGCGUCAUCACCAGCAGCAGUCGAACACCGUGGCUGGGACAUGGAUGUUUCCACCUUGGACAGCAGCAUGGGGCCCACAACCGUGGCCCACUCCAGCUUGCCCACAUCCGACAACCGGCUGGCAGCCACGCUAA